GCCUGAAAGACGCCUUUAUCCGCCAUAGGCGCAAAGAAAGGGAGCAGAGGAGCGGAUCGUCCUCAGGCGCACGCUCCAGUUACGUGCAUGCCGAACAAAUGGCAUUUUUGAUACCGUGCACGGAAAUGCGGAGCACCGAGAGUAGCUGGGCACCCAGCCCGGCGCAAGAGGACGAAGUAGAGGACGAGGGCACAACCAUGGACAGUGAGCCCGGACCAUCUAUGGGGACAAUGAGUCCUCCAGGCCCCCCACCCACUCCGAGUUUGUUGAGCCCCACGCAGACUGUCCCAGCCGUACAAGAGGCAAGUCAGCAGCCCCGACAUAAAAGGAGGAGAACAGAGAGGCAUGAGGACAGGCUAAUAGCCUGCCUGGAUGCCCUGGCACAUCCUGUGCCAAAACUUUCAUGUGAUGCCCUUUUUCUCCUCAGUCUAGAGGAUAAAAUGGGACUUGUGGCCAGAAAUCGGGUCACACAAGUAAGGGAGGAGGUGACUAAGACCAUUGAUAAGUUUAUCUACCCUUAUGAGAUGGCACCGUCUAUUAGGGCCCCACAGCAGGCCCCACUGCAGGCCCCACAGCAGCCAGCACAAUAUGGCCAACAAUAUGGCCAACAAUCUGGCCCACAAUCUGGCCCACAAUAUGGCCCACAAUAUGGCCCACUACAUCCCCAACAUGCACAACAACACCCUCACACAUACCCAGCACACACAUACACACAAAGUAACAUACAACACCCUCUUGACACAUGGCAGACACAACACACAUCAUACCCAUAUCCCUCUACAAGCACGGGCCCAAGCACCUCCACCACCACCACCACUGAAAUGCCACCCGCCAAUCAGUCUCACGGAGCCAGAGAGACACAGCGGGAUCCCGACGCGGAGGUUUCAGGGCCGCAAUUUGAAACCCUUUGAAAUUGAUAAAAGAGACAUUUUUAGGCUCAAGGGUUUAUGAGCCAAAAAGGCCACAUAUAUAGAAAAAGGUUUCUAAUAUUUUUAUGUUGUUGAAAAAAUAUUGCUCCUUUGUUGGUUAA